AUGGCGAUGGCAUCCGGCCAUGUUCGGUAUCUGAUGCUUCUGGUGGUUCUCCUGCUCGGCGAUGCAGGCCAAGCAGCCGAUCCCGUGGGCACGGGAGGACCCUCGAUGGUGCACGUCGGUGAGGACGCACUGCUAACGUGCGUGGUGAUGACACCGUUCAACAACGACACCGUCCUGUGGCGCAAAGGACCACACGAGAUCCUGUCGGCCGGCAUGAACCGGGUUACCGGCGACAAGCGGAUCAGCGUGCUGCACGAUGACUCGCCCAAAGGCAGAACUGCACUCGGUGGCGAUGUAUGGGUGCUUCUCAUCAAGGAAACCCGUUUGAACGAUUCCGACGUGUAUGUGUGCGAGGUGAACAGUGACCCGAUUGUAAGGAGCUUCCAUCCGCUAACAGUUCGGCAGCCGAAGAAGAAGGCGACCACCAGUCGGAACACGACCGAUUCCCCGUUCACCACCGCCUCCCCAUCAUCCGCAUCACCCGGCCAGUCAACGUCGCCGGAAACCGUCACCUCGGAGGAGGACGAAUCGUCCGACAUGUACACCGACUCGGAGGAGGAAGUGAGCCAGGACGGUGUGCCGCUGGUGACGCACGAUUUCACCGACUGCUGUCACGCGAACAACGUGUCCGAAGGGUGCAUGGGGUUCUGCGUGCUGCACAACAUACUGGACGGAUCGGCCGGUGCGGAACCGGAGCAGUGCGAGCGAGACUUCCCCAACAUUGUGCGCUGCAUGGCGGACGGCCGGAAUCAUGUGCCGUGCUGUGUGGAGAAGGGCAUACCGGACCUCUGUCAGGAUAUGUGCCGCGGCGAGUAUACGCCCUUCACCGAUCUGCUCAAGUCGCGCGUAUCCUGCGUACAGCAUACGCUACCGGGGCUGCAGUGCAUUCUGGACAACAUCCAGCGGCUACCGUCCGAACCACAAUCCGUCUCGGUGGAACCGCUGACGGAGCGUUCGCUGCAGGUUAGCUGGCAGGCACCGGAAAAAUUGUCCGCCAGCGUAAAGUACUACCAGCUCAAUGCUACCCGGCUGCACGCGUUCGAUCAGGACUUUCUGGCGAACGCGACGGACGCGAAAGAUGGAUUGGUCACGCUGCAAGUUUCAGCCGAUCAGACGACGGCCGUUCUGUCCAACCUGUCGCCCUUCACGAUGUACACCGUCACUGUGAGUGCGCACAAUGAUCACGGGUCCAGCUUGCCCAGCAUGCGCAUUCGUGCCCUUACGCUGGAGGGUGGCGUCGUCAGCAAGCAGACCAGUGUCGCCGUCGUACCGGUACUUCCAGAUGUUCGUGGUUGUUGCAUGAAGAAAGGAAUCACACAUCGCACCUGUCUCGAGAAGAUGUGCGAUCCGGUGAAGGCCGACUUUACCGAGGUACCGGAUCUGAUGGUUUGUGCACCGUGGGCUAACAUCACCUUUGCCUGUUUGGCCAACAACAUUGACCAUACGCCGUGUUGCAAGAGCCGUGGAAUACCGGAGGGAUGUCUUUCGUUCUGUUCCGGCACGGUCAAAGCGAUCAACUUCAACUACUUCAAAUGUCUGCAGUACAUGUCCGAGUACAGCAGCUGUCUGCUGCAGGGGUACGGUGUGCUUUCCGGACCUCCGUCAAAGCUGAAAGCCCCACUGAUCGCUAGCCAUUUUGUGGUGCUGGAAUGGAAACCGCCAAAGAUACUACCGGAUACGGUCACCGCGUACCAUCUGCACUACCGCAAGCUGGGCAGCGGCGAGGAGUACACCGUGCUGGAGAAGGAUCAGGCACCGGUGAUUGUGGAGGAUCUGGAAGCGUUCACCUACUACGAAGCGUUCGUUGUGGCAGUGAAUGCCCACGGCAAGGGUGGUCCCUCGCCUCGCUUAGUGUUCCAAACGAAGCGUGACAUGCGGAUGGAACCGGCCCACACACACUACAACAUAUCGGCAUGUUGCCACGCAUCUGGAUUGCUACCGCAGUGCGCACCGCUCUGCAGCUACGAUGCCAAGAUGUCCGACAUUCAGAAGCUGGGCAACACAUGCCGGGGACAGAUUGGUACCAUUGUGCGGUGUAGUGCGGGUGGACGCGACCACACGGCCUGCUGUAGUCGCCGGGCCGUUCCGCCUAAAUGUCAAUCGCUUUGUCGAGGUGUUAUUACGAGCUCUCCAGCCGAUUGUUUGCCGUUCGCGGGUAACAUUAUACAGUGCUUUGAGGAGGGCAUUGGGCACAUUCCGGCCCCGGUUGAGGAUCUGCACGUUACGUCUGUGACGAACACUUCCAUCUCGCUGGCCUGGGUACCGUCGGAAGUGGAUGCAAACAAUACGGAAAAUAAACCAUCCGAUUAUCUGGUCCAGUACGGCAAGGUGAACAACAUGACUAUGUACGAGACGGUGAUAAAGCUGGAGCAUGAACUCAACACAACCGAAACGGAUAUAGAGCUGAAGGAUCUCGAACCGAAGGCGCUCUAUCGCAUUACGGUGGUGUCUCGCGGCGAUCAUGGCACGUCCUUGCCCUCGUCGAUGCUUCUGAUCAACACCUCCCGGACGGAUUCUGCCAGCACGGUUUACGGCGCACCAUCACCACCCCACUCGCUGUCAGUUUCCGCCCACAGUGCGACCUGGAUCACGGUGUCCUGGCAGCCGCCAGAGUUUUCUCAUCCGCACGAGAGCAUCACCUACCGGGUGAUACACAAGGUGGCCAACAACUACACCGUGAUCGACACGCGGCUUCUGUGGGUGCGUGUGAACAAUCUGCUCCCAAACACGCAGCACAUCGUGUACGUGGUGGCGAUAGGUUCCAAGGGGACCAGCCUACCGUCCGAAACGCUCGUGGCGUGGACGGAUCCAGCCUUGCCCGCCUACGUUGAUCCUCCAACAGUGCACCCUUCGGACAUCAUCUCCGAAGGUGGGUCCAUGACGAUACUCUGCCUAGCAAUGGGAAAUCCAGCUCCAACGAUCUCACUCUACGUCGGGGGACACCUGGUGAGGCAGGACACUUCACGGCACAUGAUUACCGUGAUCCACAACGUCACGACGGAUAUGGAGCACAUUUCCUGUUACGCAGACAACGGUUACGGCAUCCCCAUGCAGGCGGCCAAGAAGGUCAACAUUAGCUUUGCUCCUCGUAUACAGGCCUCGGGUAUAACGGUGGCAUCGGUGGGUGAGUCGGUUGAUCUGAAGUGUACCAUCCGUGCACGCCCCAUUCCAAAAACCAUGUUCUGGCGAGAUCACGACGGACGCGUCCCAGUGAUACAGGGUGGCAAUUACGAUAUGUCCAUGAAGAACGAUGUUGAUGACAACUCGCUGUACGUGAUGACGCUGACGAUCGCCAAGCUUGGCUCGCAGGAUGUUGGCGAUUACUUCUGCCAUGCGGAGAACGCGUUAGGUUCCUCGACGAGGGCCGUAUCGGUGCGCAUCCGCAAUACGGCCGCAUCGUCCAACAUUUCCGAGUGCUGCGCGGCGCAGAACGUGUCGGCAGCGUGUAUGAGCGCUUGCUCGUUCUACAUCGACAUCGAAAGCGUGAUCGAUCGGCCGGAGUGUAUCGUGGACUUUGACAAGCUGAUGCGGUGCGCUGCCGAUGGUUCGGACCAUCGUGGUUGCUGUGCCUCGAAGGAUGUACCGAGACGGUGUCUCAACUGGUGUCGCGGUGAACCGAUCACACCACCCGGUAUCUGUGCGCUGCAGCACACCCGCACGAUCGUGGGUUGUUUCCAGGAGAACCGUGAUCGUCUGCCCGGGCCACCACAAAAUCUGAAGGUGCAGGUGUUGAGCGAUGAGGAGGUGCUGAUCCGAUGGGAUCCCCCGGCAAAGAACCCAAGCACGGUGGAAGGAUACCGGGUGUUCUGGCACGAUCUCGAACCGGUCACCGAUAACCUUUCGAACGUCAUCAACGGGCUCGCGACGAGCCGGUUGGAUGCGAAGGAGACGAGCAUCAAGCUGGAAGGCCUCAAACCGAACGUCAUGUACGAGCUCGUGAUCAAGGCGGGCAACCAUUUGGGUGCUUCGGUACUUUCGGAACCGCUACGAUUCACGCUCGGUGAUCAGCACAUCACUAGCGCGUCGCACGGCACUAACGCCGGUGUGGUCAGCGGCAUCAUUGCCGGUCUGCUCGCGAUCAUACUCGCGAUCGCGGCCAUUUUUGUCGUAAAGCGUGGAAAGUUUGGACCGAAGCAAGCAAACGGGGGCGUUGCGUUCGAAAAUCCGAGCUACCUGCGCGAGAUGAACGUCGAGCAUGUGCAGAUUCCAGCCGUUUCUGGACCGGGCGUUGGCAAUGGGGCGGACUGGCGGCAGGAAUCGUUGCACACAGCGAACGGUACGGCUACGACCGGGCUCACCCAUGACAAUUCCGUUGUCCCGAUGGCCACCGAGGUUAACCCGUCGCUGUACGAGGAGCUCAAGCUUGGCCACGAUCGUGCCGGGUUCAAGCGGCUCGUCUCCUAG